CGUGAGGGGCCAAGGGAUCCUGGUGCCACUUCUCUGACCACCUCCUGUACGUGGGCUGAAACAGUGAACAUGCCAUCCCAGUUAGAAGAUUUUACCAAGACGGGUGUCCUUACACGGGCUUAUCCCCUUGUUGGUGAGUAUUGUCCACAUAAUCUUCAGGAUGGCUUUCUUGUUGAAGAAAGGAUAAAGAUUAUUGUCAAGACUAUGGCUAGAGAUUUGGAUACCCAUCAUCAGGAGGGUCAUUGCAUCUCAACAUUUGAUCACAGAAAUAUUAGGAUCAAUGCGGCAGGCCAUGCACAGAUUAUCGGUGUCACGCACACCGCAAAAACUAAAGAGAAUAUCAAGAAGAAUUAUCUGGAUUUACAUGAUGUGGUUUUCAAGACCAUUUUCAGGAAUUUCAGUUAUCAGCAACAGGUGCCAUCUGAAUGGCGUAUGCUGUUACUAUUAAUGAAAAGAAACUGCAUUGGCAACGAGUAUCUAAUAUGCAACAAUGUUGCCCUGAUGCCUCUGGCGAUCAGAAUGCUAUUCUUCUACCUGUGUUACGAGCAUGUAACAUUUUCGAUGUGGAAGACUAAGAAACAAAAGCAGAAACGGAUAUUGCAGAAGCUGCCGUAUUUGAAAAACUGGCCUGAUCUCCUGAAAGGCAACUAUCUUCUUGAAGAAUCAUUCGAGCACAAGUAUCACGAUAUUACUACCCCGGAGGGAUUCUUCACGUUUUACAGAGAUACAAACAAGCAUCGCAUGGACCGGUGCCACCUUCUUGAGUUAGUGGGAGCCUACACAGCGAUUUUUUUUGAAAAGAAUCUGCUGGUUCGAUACCCGCUCUAUUUAUUUGUUCUGCAGGAGGAAUUACAUAGGGAAAAAGAACUAGAGGAGCUAGAACCACACGUUCUGUUCUGA